ACAGGCAUCAAAAGCAAGAUGGCUGCUGCCUACGUGGCUGCCCUGGGCCGCCUGGCCUCGGUGGCAAUGAGCUGUGUGUCGGGGGCCCAGGGCCUGACGCUGUGGUCCGGCCUUAUCGGCUUGCGCCUGCUCGCCCUGUUCAUCGCCGAUCGGACCUGGAGCGGCAGCCGGACCCACUUCGUCUGUAACAGCACCGCCGCCUCCUCCUCCGUCACGGAAUUCUGCACCACCUCUUGCUUCAACCUCCACUUCCAGUUCCCUGUCGACAUCUUCUGGCACUUCAGCUUCCUGCUGGCACUUCUGCCCAUCAUCUGCCUCUACAUGCUGGCUCCCCGGCGCCGCCCCGGCCUACCAGAGGCCGGGCCCUUGCCCCAGGAGGAGAAGGAGAGAGGGCGCCUGUCCUUGGAGGAGCCCCGAGGGCGGGCGCAAGGCCGGGGUCGUCCUUGGCUCUCCAUCGGCUGCAGCCUCUCCCUGGUGGCCCUGGAGUCCGCCUUCGUCUGGGUCGUGCUGAAGAUCCAGCUGCCUCUGGUUCUACCCCCCUCCAUCAGCUGCCUAAUGGCCCCAGGGAGUGCCUGCAAUGAGGCCAGCGGGGGACCCCUGACAUGCAUCCUGGUUGACCGGGCCAAUAAGUUGGGGGCCCUGUCCGUCAUGGCCUUCACCUCCCUCCUCAACGUGGGUGUCUCCCUGGGUUACGUCGUCACUGUCUGCCUGGCCCCUAGAGGGAGCCGCUGGGCCUGAGUCGACCCCCCCAUCCUCCACUCCUUCCCCCUUCAUCACUCUCACCCCUGUCGAAACCCUCUGCUCUCCCCCGAUUCCUCACCACCCCCCACGCCAUGGCUAUCUUGAUGCCAAUCUCUCCACAAACCUUCAAAGAAGGGAAAUAAAAAAAAGCCCUUCAGCCCACCCUGGGGAGACGCCUCGUCCAGAUGAUCACCGCUCCCGAUGCUCUGCCCAGUCUCCCUCCAUCUGAAAAUGCUUCGUUUCCUUCCCCCACUCCCUCGCUUCCUCCCCCAACUCUUCCAAUCGUCCUGCCCCUUACCUUCGAUCCGUGGCCCAUCGCUCCAUUUUCUCAGUCAUCGAUGCUGCCCUCGUUCCUGAGCAACGGCAGUGUGCCUCUGACUAUCUUUUUGAAACGUUCAGUAGGGUUUCUGCCUCUAACCCCUUCAUUUGCAGGGAGUUCCAGAUUCUCCUCCCUCCUCCUCCCAUCCGCCUCUAAAC